AUGCCAGUCUCUUGUACUAGAAACUUCUUUGAAAGAUUCUGCGUUGAGGAAUACAAUAUUGACACCAUAAAACAUAGUAGUUUCCUCUCCGCUGAUCUUUUGCCAUCUCUUGGAGCUAGAAUCAACCAAUCAACUAAGCUCCGUAAACAUAUAAUCUCUCCUUUCAACUCAAAAUAUAGAGCAUGGGAGAUGUGGCUUGUCCUUCUAGUUAUAUACUCAGCUUGGAUUUGUCCCUUUCAAUUUGCCUUCAUCACCUACAAGAAAGACGCGAUUUUCAUCAUCGACAACAUUAUUAAUGCCUUCUUCGCCAUUGAUAUUGUCCUCACCUUCUUUGUUGCAUAUCUCGAUAGUGACUCUUAUCUUCUAGUAGACAAUCCCAAGAAAAUAGCAAUAAGAUACCUUUCUACUUGGUUCGCCUUCGAUGUGUGUUCCACUGCACCGUUUCAGCCAUUGAGCCUCUUGUUCAACUACAAUGGAAGCGAGUUAGGCUUCAGAAUUCUCAGCAUGCUCAGAUUAUGGCGGCUCAGAAGAGUUAGCUCGCUGUUCGCAAGGCUUGAGAAAGAUAUACGUUUCAACUACUUCUGGAUUCGAUGCACAAAGCUCAUUUCCGUCACUUUGUUCGCUGUACAUUGUGCUGGAUGUUUCAACUACCUAAUUGCAGAUAGAUAUCCUGAACCAAGAAAAACAUGGAUCGGAGCUGUGUAUCCAGAUUUCAAGGAAGCAAGUCUCUGGAAUAGAUAUGUGACUGCUCUUUACUGGUCUAUUACGACGUUAACGACUACUGGAUAUGGAGAUUUGCAUCCUGAGAAUCCAAGAGAAAUGCUCUUUGACAUUUUCUUCAUGAUGUUCAACCUUGGUUUGACUGCUUACCUUAUUGGCAAUAUGACCAACCUUGUCGUUCACUGGACUAGCCGAACCAGAAGCUUUAGAGAUACAGUGAGAGCUGCUUCAGAGUUUGCUUCAAGAAACCAACUCCCACAUGACAUACAAGACCAAAUGCUCUCACACAUUUGCUUAAAGUUCAAAACAGAGGGCCUGAAACAACAAGAAACCUUGAACAAUUUGCCAAAAGCAAUUCGGUCAAGCAUUGCAAACUAUCUCUUCCUCCCCAUUGUUCAAAACAUUUACCUUUUUCAAGGAGUUUCUCGCGAUUUUCUCUUUCAAUUGGUUUCAGAUAUAGAUGCUGAGUAUUUCCCACCUAAAGAAGAUAUAAUUCUACAGAACGAAGCGCCUACUGAUCUUUACAUUCUGGUCUCAGGAGCUGUGGACUUUGCAUCUUAUGUUGAUGGUCAUGAUCAAAUUCAAGGGAAAGCAGUUAUUGGAGACACGUUUGGAGAGAUUGGAGUUUUAUGCUAUAGACCACAACCUUUCACAGUGAGAACAACAGAGUUAUCUCAAAUACUACGCAUAAGCAGAACAUCGCUGAUGAGCGCGAUGCAUGCUCAUGCUGAAGAUGGACGAGUUAUAAUGAACAAUCUCUUCAUGAAACUUAGAGGACAACAAUCAAUAGGAAUAGAUGCUACAAACAAUGAUCAAGAAAACAGAGAUUUCCAACGAAUGGGAUGGGAAGAGUGGAUGGAUUCAAGAAUAGAUUGCAAAGGUUCAGAUGUUUCAAACUCGAAUUCUGAAAAUGGAGAAAAGGCUCUUACGGAUGCAAUUCACAAGGGAGAUAUUGAAAUGGUUAAGAAGCUAUUUAAACGAGGGAUUAACAUAGAGGAACCAAAGGUUCUAACAGAAGCAAAAGGAGGAAACUCAAAUAGCGAAACUAAACAAAGAAGUAAGGAUUCAGACCAAUGUUGUAGCUCCAGCAUCCAAGCUAAAGUAAAGGAUAAGAGAGUUACUAUUCACAUGUUGUCACAAGAGAAGGAUCUAUCACAGCGCCAUAACGGGAAGUUGAUCCUCUUACCUACAUCCAUAGAAGAGCUUCUAGGUCUAGCGGGUGCAAAGUUUGGAGGAAGCAGCUUCACAAAGAUCACCAAUGCGGAGAAUGCUGAGAUUGAUGAUUUAGAUGUCGUUCGAGACGGUGAUCAUUUGUUUUUUCAUCAAAUUGAGUUUGAAGAGGUCUGCUUCCCUUCCGGUUCCUGUUAUCCAUGGAAGCCAUCACUACAUCUUCUUCAAGCUUAGCUAAGACGAAUGCAUAGGGUGCAAGUCUAGUCGAUGUUCACCUCUUUUCACUAGAGCUGAUUGAGUGCAAGUCAUUAUUAGGCCUAAAAUGCGCCAGUCUUCCAAACAUGCUAUUAAAUUGUUGGGAUACAUCUGAUUCGAGCAAUCUACAACUGCUUUAGGCCAGCAACAAAAAAUAGAACCUUUGGAUAAUCCAAACAUGAUACACUAUGACCCCGGUAAAAAAACUUUUAUUAGAUUUUGGUAACUGACGCAUUGCAUACAUUUUUG